AGACGUCAUUUCCGGCCGUGACGUCUCAAGAAGUGAACGUGGACACCCGCCUUGCGGCUUCUUGUUUGGGCAAACGGCGAACGUGCGCCGCGACAUUUAGCUCGCCAUGUCCGCGGAGUACCCGACGCCAUUGUACGCUCACGCGGCACGGGGACACUUCCGCGAUGUGUACGAGCCGUCGGAGGAUUCCUUCCUGCUCAUGGACGCGCUGGAAAAGGAUGUUGACGAGCUCCGGCAGAUGCGGCCGCGCGUGUGCGUGGAGGUCGGCAGCGGCUCCGGCGCGGUUUCCGCGUUCCUGGCGUCCAUGCUCGGACCCUCGGCGAUCUAUUUUUGCACGGACGUGAAUCGGGCAGCGGCGCUGUGCACGGCCAAGACGGCAUCACGCAACGGUGUGUCGCUCGAGCCCGUCGUCACCGACCUGGUGGAAUGUCUCCUGCCGCGGUUGAGCGGACAAGUGGACGUGCUCCUGUUCAACCCUCCAUAUGUGGUCACGCCAUCCAGUGAGGUGGGAAGCACGGGCAUGGAAGCCGCUUGGGCCGGCGGCAGGCGGGGCCGGGAGGUCACCGACAGAUUUUUACCGGUCGUAUCCGAGUUGCUGUCCAGUCGAGGGCUGUUCUACUUGGUCGCGAUAGCAGAGAACGAUCCGGAGGAGAUGAUCCAGUCACUGAGUGGAUACGGGCUGGAGGGAAAGCCACGCUUGCUGACCAGAGCCGGAAACGAGAGGCUGAGCGUCCUGCGCUUCCACUGGCGCCAACAUCAUUGUCCUGUUUCAACACCAAUCCUCUUUUCAGCUUCAACUGUCGGACAAAUGGCCUCAGGUUCUUCUGCAAAAUACACGAUAUUGCCAAAAGUAUUUGCUCACCUGCCUUGACUCCCCUACAGUAUGAAUUUAAGUGCCAUCCGAUUCCUAAUCCAGAGUGUUCAAGAUGACGUCGGUCCACCCUUUGCAGCUAGAACGGCUUCAAGUCGUCUGGGAAGGCUGUCCACAAGGUUUAGGAGUGUGUUUAUGGGAAUUUGUGCCCAUUCUUCCAGAAGCGAAUUUGUGAGGUCACACACUGAUGUUGGAUGAGAAGGCCUGGCUCUCAAUCUGUGCUCUAAUUCAUCCCAAAGGGGUUCUGUCGGGUUGAGGUCACGACUCUGUGCAGGCCAGUCGAGUUCAUCCACGUCUUUAUGGACCCGGCUUUGUGCACCGGUUUACAGUCGUGUUGGAAGAGGAAGGGACCAUCUCCAACGUGUUCCCAUAAAGUUGGGAGCAUGGAAUUGUCCAAAAUGUCUUGGGAUGCUGAAGCGUCCGGAGUUCCUUUCACGGGAACUAAAGGGCCAAGCCGGGUCCUGAGGAACGAGCCCACACCUGCAUAAUCCCCCCUCCGGCAAACUUCACACUUGGCACAAUGCACUCAGACGAGUCGCGUUCUGCUGGCAACCGCCAAACCCACACUGCCAUCAGAUCGCCAGACGGAGAAGAUUCGUCGCUCCAGAGAAGGCGUCUCCACUCGUCUAGAGUCCGGCUGCGGCGUGCUUUACACCGCCGCGUCCGACGCUCUGCAUCGCACUUAAUGACGUAUGGCUCGGAUGAAGCUGUUGCGUGAAGCUCACUGCGCACUGUUCUUGAGC